UAUACUGCUUGUUGCUGCUGUCCACCCAUCCCUUGACCGCUCUCAAGGCCAAGAUCCUGAACUCAUCGCCAUCCCCGACCGAGCAAUGAGCGGACACCACUCCGACGAUGAAGAUGACGAUCAGACUUACUUUGCGGGCGGUGAACGCAGCGGCAUCGCAGUCCAGAACCCGGCACGCGGGCGGAGACCCGGGGAUAUAGUAGACGAGCUCCUGAAGCAAGCCGAGCGUGAAGGCGCUGAACCUGCUCCCGACACCUCCCCGUCAACCCGAUCAUUUGCGUUCUCAGGUGGAGGAAACACAGUCGGGGGUGAGGGAUCGUCCAGUCGAUCUGUCCCUGCUGCACAUGCGUCCACCCCAAGCCAAGAGGAGGUCGUUUCUCGAUCUCUUACAUUUUGGCGCAGUGGAUUCACAGUCGAGGAUGGGCCGUUGAUGCGAUACGACGACCCAGCCAACGCGGAAGUGCUUGCUUCCUUACGUGCCGGCCAAGCGCCGCCCUCAAUCCUUAACGUGCGCAUCGGCCAGCGCGUCGAUGUACAUGUGACCAGCAAAAAGGACGAAGAUUUCCGCCCAGGACCGUUCUCCGGCACGGGAAACCGACUGGGCUCUGCGACACCUGCAGCCACAGCGGUCUCGCGUGCCCCGCCUGCCUCUCCGCGCGGCAACGCCAGUCCCCGAUUCGAGGUCGACUCUUCCCUACCCACGACGAGCAUUCAGCUCCGCCUGGCCGAUGGAACACGGAUGGUGUGCCGGAUGAACCUGACGCACACCGUGCAGGAUCUGUGCAACUUCAUCAACGCAUCCCGUCCAGAGAACCGGACGAGGCACUACACCAUCGGGACAACGUUCCCUAACAGGACGCUGGACGACAUGGAUGCGACGAUCGAGGCUGCAGGUCUGGCAAACAGUGUUGUUGUUCAGCGAUGGGCGUGAAGGUUGUUACGAGCAACGCACUGUACAAUCCAAAUGUACUAUUAUCCAGAAAACGCAGUAGUGCGUUGGCCUCUGAGGGCUGGCGGGCUCACCG